GGUUUGUGCUCGCUUUGUGUUGAAAUAUCGGGUUGCAUCGUGACAAUGUCAUUGUUUGACUGGCCACUUAAGAGUAUCUGGAAAACAUGAGCACCAACCAGUCACCAUGCUCCGACAUCAGCAGAAGAAAUCCCCAGGAUGACUAUGAAGUCAUUCAACGCAUUGGCAGUGGUACAUAUGGGGAUGUAUAUAAGGCAACAAGGCUGUCAACCAGUGAGUUGGCAGCAGUCAAGGUCAUCAAACUCCAGCCAACUGAUGACUUUGGCAUCAUACAGCAAGAGAUCCUGAUGAUGAAAGACUGCCGACACCCGAACAUUGUGGCCUACUUCGGCUCCUACUUGCGCAAGGACCGGCUGUGGAUUUGCAUGGAGUUCUGCGGGGGAGGCUCUCUGCAGGACAUUUAUCACAUCACCGGGCCGCUGUCAGAGUCCCAGAUAGCGUACGUGUGCAAGCAGACCCUGUACGGGCUCUCCUACCUGCACAGCAUGAACAAGAUGCACAGGGACAUCAAGGGCGCCAACAUCCUGCUGACGGAGGCGGGCGAGGUGAAGCUGGCCGAUUUCGGCGUGUCGGCGCAGAUCACGGCCACGCUCGGCAAGCGGCAGUCGUUCAUCGGCACCCCGUACUGGAUGGCGCCAGAGGUGGCAGCAGUGGAGCGCAAGGGCGGCUACAACCAGCAGUGCGACGUAUGGGCGGUGGGCAUCACGGCCAUCGAGCUGGCCGAGCUACAGCCGCCCAUGUUCGACCUGCACCCGAUGCGUGCCCUGUUCCUCAUGUCCAAGUCGGGCUUCAAGCCGCCCACGCUCAAGGACAAGGUGCGCUGGUCGCCCAGCCUGCACGCCUUCGUCAAGGUGGCGCUCACCAAGAACCCCAAGAAGCGACCCACCGCCGACCGGCUGCUGGAGCACCCGCUGCUUCUGGGACACCACCUGCACAAGCGACUCAUGUGGGAGCUGCUGGACAAAGUGCGGAACCCCACGGGCGCUUUCCAGGAGUUGGAGCCCGACGAGGAGGGGGCGGUGGUGAACGUGCCGCAGAGGAUCGCCUCGCGCCAGCCGACCGGGCCGCGCCGCCGCUCCCGCUCACAAGUGCGAUUGCGGUCUUUUGACCGGCCAGCCAGUCCGCUUCUCCGAGACGGGUCUCCAUUGUCGCCCCAGCGGAAUCGGAUGGCAGAUGACGCCGCCGCGGUCGGGGUCAAGCCAGACGAUAUGGUGUUCCACUGGAGUGCGGUGUACGCGGGGGCGGACGCCGACAAAACCAGGUCCACCCAUCAAACGCUCGAUUUCAAUCAGUGCACCAAUCACAGUCCAGAUAGUACGCUGACUCGAAGCCACCCGGCGGGCGGACCGCAAAAAACCCGCGGCCCUCUGUCUGGCGCCGAGAUACUUAAGCUCUCGUUGCAGAGUUUGUUGCAAUACAUAGACGACGAGUUGCAAACAAGAGGCCACACGGCGCGUCUUGCCGAGCUAAGUCUGGACCCGGACGCCUCAAAAGGAGGCACGCUGACGCCCAGCACCUCUGUCCCGGAGGAGGUGUCGGCAGGCAGCCACCAGGACGGGGUCAAGGAGCGAUCACCAGGGCCUGAUUCGACCCUGCGGCGACGCCACAGUACGGCCGGCGAGGACGAGCUGGCGGAACAGGCGGCCGUGCUGUCCCCGGGGCACCGGGGCAGGUCACUGUCGGACGGGGAGACCAUCAGCUCAGCGGGCGCCGCCGCCUCGUCCGAUGACGUGCUGCCAGUGCCGCCACCGCGGCGGCGCGAGCGGUUCCGCAAGGCCACGCAGCCGCGGCCCGUCUCCUACGGCCUGCCACCCACACCCAAAGUGCACAUGGGUGCCUGCUUCUCCAAGGUUUUCAACGGCUGUCCGCUGCGCAUCACGUGCACGGCCACGUGGAUCCACCCGCUGACACGUGACCAGCACGUGCUGGUGGGCGCCGCCGAGGGCGUGUACACACUCAACCUCAACCAGCUGCACGAGGCUACCAUGGAGCAGCUGUUCAACCGGCGCACCACCUGGAUGGUGGUGGUCAAGGACGUGCUGAUGACCGUGUCGGGUCUGAAGAACCCCAGCCUGUAUCGGCACGACCUGCUUGCCCUUCACUCCCGCCAGUUCAACCGGUUCUCGCUGAAGGUCAAUAAGAUACCCGAGAAGCUGGUGCCGCGGAAGUUCGCCAUGACCACCAAGGUGCCCGACACCAAGGGCUGCGAGCGCUGCUGUGUGGGGCGCAACCCCUACAACGGCUACAAGUACCUGUGCGGCGCGGUGCCCGCCGGCAUCUUCCUCAUGCAGUGGUACGAACCGCUCAACAAAUUCAUGCACCUCAAGCUGCACGAGUGUUGCGUGCCCAGCCAGCUGUCCGUGUUCGAGAUGGUGAUCAGCCCGGACACCGAGUACCCGCUCAUCUGCGUGGACGUCCGGCGCGGCGCGGAGCCAGACGCCCUGAAGCUGGACGUCAUCAACCUGAACACGACCACGUCCUGGUUCCUGCACCGUGACGAGGACGGCGGCGCCGAGGACGAGCUCGGCACGCUGCGGCCCAGCGAGGCCCGUCUGCCCGUGCAGGCCGUCAGCCAGCUGGACAAGGACGCCUUGCUCGUGGCGUAUGAGAACGUCGUCAAGAUAGUUGAUCUGGACGGAAGACCAAAGAGUGCGAGAGGGCAGGUGUCGGAGCUAAUUUUUGAUUUUGUCGUAGACAGUGUUGUGUGUCUGCCGGACAGCGUGCUGGCGUUCCAUCCGCACGGCAUGCAGGGACGCAGCAUGGUGACGAGCGAGGUCACCCAGGAGAUCGCCGACCCCACGCGCGUCUUCCGGCUGCUCGGCAACGACAGGGUGAUCACGGUGCAGAGCGUGCCGGCCAGCGACCCUGACCAGACGGCCACCGACAACAAGAACCUGUACAUCCUGACCGGCCACGAGGCCAUGUACUAGCGGCGCUGCUGGCCGCCGGCCCGCCCCGGGGGGCCGGCACGGCUCCGGCCAGCGGUGGCCUUCGUCCCCGCGCUGGGGCUGCGGUGCUGUCCGCGGCAGCAGGAGGCGGCGGUGCCGGCUGCUCCGACGCGGCUGAAGUGAGAUUGUGAUGACUGAACGGGUGGCAGGGGACUGCCAGGUGCAUUGUUGUGGCGACGCUGUGCAUUUUGUGUGCCUUCACACUGAUCAGACAGAAAAGAAGUGCGCGCGUGUGGGCUGGAAGGACGAGACGCCUCCAGCCACGUGAUUUUCGUGGCGCCGGUUUUUUUUAGAAGUGUGCCGGUCGUACGCGUCGCCUGUAUUUGCUGCGCCUGCUUUGCUAUUCCACACGAGACGUUCCAUGUCGUUACCUGGAUAGAUGCGUUGGGCAUCUUUUUUAGUGCGAUGCUCGAUUCAGUGUUACAGAUAGUCAGGCAGAAUGAGAUUGGUAGUCCUCACACAGAGCGGUGAUGCCGCUUCAUAUUGUUGGGGACGAACUGAACAGCUAUUUCUAUACGUGUUGUAGUUCGGUGAGACGUGCCAAAAACGAUCCACAGCAGGGGGUGGGGCGUCCUCACCGCUACAUCUGUGCAAUACUAAAUGUUUCAGAAGGGCUAGAGAUUGCUGCUAAGCUUCCAGUCGGGCACCAACCCGGCAACAACGUUUUUCAAUCAGCGCCCCGCCCCGCGUGCGUAUUGAGGGAUCAGCGCACUGCACCGUACGCCAACACGACGUCGGAGCGGGCGGCGCGAGCGAGGUCGUUCACUUGUACGGGUUACCGUCGCGUCGACUCGGCGCGAACAGCUCUGACCACCUUCCCCCGUGCCUCGCGCCGACCCGACGCCGAUGCGUCGCUGCCCGCGGUGUUACAGCGGCCGCGUCUGGGCCAGAAGCGCCGGCUUUUUGCCGACGCUCGAUAAGAUUCCUGCAAUCGCUCCGUUUGGCGCCGCCGCUGGAGGGCCGCGCCGCGCCCCAGACCCAGGCGCGUCGCCCGCGGCCGUGGGGCGCGGCGGCCCGCGGCGCUCGGGUCACCGCGCUGUCGUGCGCCGUGCCCGGUGCAGUGUCGUGACCUGCAUGCCGUGUGAUGGCGGCGCCGGUGUGCUCGUGCGCGCGUCCUUGACAGUGCGGGGCUCGCUCGCUUUGAUCACGGCUGGUAAGCCGUGAGCCUUCAGCCGCCCGUGCGGAAUAUUCUGACAGGUUGGCGCUCGUGCGGGGAACUGGUUCAGCGGCAGAACUGAAAUUGUUAACGCUUCUUUCAUGGAUGCAACGCCUUGAGUCGUGAUGCCCAUAAAUUGCGAAAUUCAUCCAACGCGCUGGCAGCUGCACAUCAUCCCAGUUUGCCCAACUUGGUUGGUUGGUGGUUGGUUGGUUGAUGGUUGGUUGGUGGUAGGUUGAUGGGUUGUUGAACGUGGUGGAUGGGAGGUGAGACACGUCCCGAGAUCGGCGUCAUUUUGGCGGAAUCGUGAGUGUUACUGAUAGUGAAUUCCUGUCAUCCUCCGCCUCAGUGAGUUUGCCUUCCCCCGCCCGCUCCCCCCACAUGUAUUUUCUAGAUUGCAUCAGUCGCGUUGCGGCACCAAAUAGUUUGGUGCAACAUUGUAGAUGUGUCACACUGCAUCACUGCUGCGUGGAAAUCCCGCAUGCCCGUACACCAGCCCGCGUUUCGCAGCUUGAAACGCACGACAUACGCAGUUUCGUGCACAUCGCCGGAACAUUACCAGCCCUCGAUCACCCCGAAACUUCAACAGCACGAAAAUGGCAGCUUGCAACUCGCAUUUUGUGUGCCCACCCCCUUCCUAACCUCCCGCGUCCACCCCGCCCUGACCCUCCGCGAUCGCGUGGUCGAUCGUUCAGACGGCCGCGCCGCCCCUCGCCCCCAAGUCCGGAGCCGUGUCCGUCCACUGCCAGCGCUGGCGAGCAGGAUCACCUCGUCGGCCGGCGCCGGCGCGCGCCGCGCUCUUGUGAUAUGACAUGGCAUGUGAUGGACGAGUGACCUAACAAUACAAAGCGCGUCUGAU